UCUCCAUAAGCCGGAAUGUGAACCGUCUGUUUCGCGUCGUUCAGAUCAACGCAGCUCGGCGGAGACGGCUCUGUGCCGCGGGCGCGCCCGGGAAGAAGGGCCCUGCCGUGGGACGCGUCUUCUCGGGGAUCCAGCCCACUGGAGUUCCGCACCUGGGCAACUACCUGGGUGCCCUGGAAAGCUGGGUGACCCUGCAGGACGAGUACAGCUCUGUCCUGUACAGCAUCGUGGACCUGCACUCCAUCACGCAGCCACAGGACCCUCAGCUGUUACGGGACAACAUCCUGGACAUGGCUGCCAGUCUGCUGGCGUGCGGCAUCGACCCCGCGCGCGCAGUCCUUUUCCAGCAGUCUGUGGUCCAGGAACAUGCUGAGCUGUGCUGGAUCUUGGGCUGUCUCACCAGUCUGCCUCGCUUGCGCCACCUGCCUCAGUGGAAGAUGAAGAGUAAACAGAAGAGUGAAGGAAGUGUUGGUCUCUACACCUACCCGGUCUUACAGGCUGCAGACAUCUUGCUUUACAAGUCCACGCACGUCCCAGUAGGUGAAGACCAAGUGCAGCACCUGGAGCUGGCCCAGAACCUGGCCCGGGUCUUCAACACCAGAUAUGGACCCGUCUUCCCUCAGCCUCGGGCCCUGCUCAGUUCGACGCAAAAGGUUAAAUCUUUACGAGACCCCUCCUCUAAGAUGUCCAAGUCGGACCCUCAGACGCUAGCGACUAUCUUCCUAACGGACACCCCUGAUGACAUAGUCCUCAAGAUCCGCCGAGCAGUGACCGAUUUUACCUCCGAGGUGACCUUUGACCCGGAGAACCGUCCGGGCGUGGCGAACCUGGUCUCCUUGCACGCCGCGGUGACGGGCUGCACCGUGGACGAGGUGGUCGGCCUGUCCGUAGGCCUCGAUACGGGCGAGUACAAGGGCGUGGUGGCAGAGGCCGUGGUGGAGAGACUCCGGCCCAUCCGGACUGAGAUCCAGAGGCUGAGAGCGGACAGGGCCUAUCUGCACAGCGUGCUGGAGCAGGGGGCGGAAACGGCCCGCUGCCUGGCCACCAUGGUGAUGGAGGAGGUCAGGAAACGGGUGGGCUUCUCCUGAAAGGUCACGGGGAAACACUCAAACCAAAAAGAAAACAACAACCCCAAAAAACAGUUGCAGGUGCAUAUUCACCCUAGUGGGACAGAGAUGGAGAGAUUUAAUGGGCUUGAGAUAUGUGAUGAUUAACAUUACACAAAUCAUUAUUAUGAAAUUAUUAAUAUUUCAUAAUUAAUUAAUAUGUAAUGAACUGUCAGCGCUGGCUUUUUGAUACUGCUCAGACAGUAAAGGGUUACGUGUUUGUGUUAUAA